CUCUGCAGAUGUUCCACAGACCGACCAUCUCGGGCAUUCGCCUCGAUGCCGCUGGACUGAUCGCUCUCGCUGACCUUAAGACGAUCGCACGGCGGACGGCCCUCAUCGGGAGCGCAUCCUUCCUCGACGUUCUCUACCUCUCACCCGGCAUACACUGCCAGCAAGAUGCCUCAGAGAUCAACGGCGGAGAGUAUCCUCUCACGGGCGCGAUGCACAGCGCCGGUGGCUGGGUCUUCCGCGUCGAGAACCCGGCUACCGUCAGUUUCCUCCAGGGCGUCGGGAAAUCAGGCCAUCUUACGACCGUUCGCGUCUCGAAAGAGACCAAGGAGGGAACUCUCGGCCUCUUCGGAGAGCUGCUUCGCACCGAAUUCUGGGCCUCUAUCCUCUUUCUUAUCGGUGUCGUCACGAGCGUCGUGGUCAUCGUCCUCCUCGUCACCGUUUUCCGCGAUUGGUGGGCGCUAGGCGUGCUGGGCAUGCUGAUGGGCGCGCGCGUACUGAACGUGUGUGUUAUUAAGCUACGGCAGGACAAGCAUGGGUUCAAGGGCUCGAAGGAAGGCAAUGUUGAAGGCGAUUUGCUGGUCAUCCUCAGCCAGGAUCGCUGGGUGCGCAUGCGAGGAGGAGUGGACGACAUCAAGGAGGUGACGGCCGGGCAGUGGCUGCGAGAGCCUGAGACCCUAGAGAGCUUCGCUGUGAGUUUCGCGACUCUGCUGGUGUACUGCUCUGCGGCACUGGCAGGGAACACCACCACCGCCGGCAGUCUCCUCUUGGCCUGCCUUCUUCUGUUCUCCGCCGGUAUCCUUGGACUGGCGAACGCCGCGACGCAUUCACUUCACAUGUUCGGUCGUAUGGUCACCGUCGAAGACGAACCUCUACGGUAUGAGCGCAGGCUCACUAUGGUCAAGGACAUGAUCCAGGAGACCCGACAUACGGAGUGGGCUUUGCGUAUGUCCAUGAUCACCGAGCCGGAAGUUGCCGAUCUGAAGAAGGCGAUUGAGCGCGGUAGGUGUAACAACGAUACGUAUCCACACGUCACUUACUGCAGCUUUCAGAUUCGGAAGCGACGCCAAUACAAACGCCAACAGGAGCACAAGACAUGGCCACGCUCGUCAAUCGUGGUUCCCGCAGCAAUCCCGCGCUUCCACUGAACAGUGCGGUAGAGCCUGAGUUACCUCCCGGAGGCAUACAGCUGGGUCUCAAUAACGGGUGCAACCUGGAGCAAGGGCUGUCUGCUCGUCCUAACAGUGAGCGUACCAUAAGCACAAUCGAGGUAGCGGAUUUGCCUUCAUCGGGUAUAGUAUAGUUUCUUCUUUCUCCAUAUAUGUUUAUUUUCUAACCAAGUGUCGAAUACUUUGUACUGUAUCUAUACCGCUCUGCUAUCUGUUUGUUUAACUACUGGUACACAAGUUAUAUGAUCCGCAGUAUUGAAAUUAGGACAACUGCCCCCUGGCUGCAACUUUCUUGC